AUGCAAUCUGCGGGCAACCCGACUCAACCAGGAAUUGACUUGGCCCUGCCAAAAGAGAAAACUCAAGAGGAAAUUAAUAUUGAAAAGAGCGGAGAUAUCGAUGCUCUUCAACGGUAUCGGCGGAACGUCGUUAUGGGAGGGCCGGGCUAUAUGAAUCUUGGUCGAGCGGUUGAGCUUCUCCGGAUAGAACAAGACCUUCGAAGCACUGCCCAAGAAGAGCAAUGCCUCUCUAAGAAAGGCGAAGUUACAGACAGACGGCCAUUAGAUUGGCGUGAUAUACAGGCCGAGCUCCAGACUUUGAAUAAGAGGUAUUGGUUGCUAGAACGCCAGUGGUGGGAAACUCGAAACUCAUUUAUGGAGGGGCCUCUGAUACGAGCAUUUGACCUAUGGCGAUCACAUCCUCUAUGGUAUAUGCAUCGAGUUCUGCUCGAGGAUUGCGUGAGGAGGGGAGGAUGCUGUGGCCGGAGCUGUGGAUGUUGCGUAGAUCGCAAUAUUGAUAAGACAAGGCAGCUUGGAGCUGGACAUUGUACUAUGGAAUGUGGAUGUUGUCGUCAAAGUCGGGGAUUUGAUCUUACUGAAGAUGAAAAGAUGAAAUUGCUUAAGGAUUUUCAUGCCCUAGAUGACAAUAGUCCUUACCGUGAGACGAUCAAUCGAGUUUCAAUAUACGGGUUAUGUCUUGAUAGUCAUGACAGCCCCUUCGAUCUGAUUAUAGCUCCCCCGGGAUGCGAGAGGGGGGUUUCAAAAGAGCGGAUGGCAACAGCCAAGGACGAAUCAGAUGAGCUAUUCAUGCUUGGUGAUGAAGAGGACUGGGAAGAAGUUGUGGUACCUUAA